UUUACAUUCGCCAUUUUGCAAGAAUGUCAGCCAAAUCAUCAGCUCGCGUUUUUACUUAAUUUUUAUGUUGUUUUUCUUGCAUUUUCAGUGAUUUUGGUUUCAAAAUAUAUUUUUUAACGCUUAACAUCAAACAUGGAUCGUUUCAUAAGUAUGUGGAAAGUGCGGGAGUUGGCGGAUAAAGUUACAAACGUAGUGAUGAACUAUACAGAAGUGGAAGGCAAGGUGCGCGAGGCGACCUCGGACGAGGCCUGGGGUCCCACGGGCCAGCAGAUGCAGGAGCUGGCGCUGGCUACCUUCACCUACGAGCACUUCCCCGAGGUGAUGUCCAUGCUGUGGAGACGGAUGCUGCACGACAACCGUGCGCAUUGGCGGAGGACGUACAAGUGUCUCCUCCUGCUCAGCUACCUCGUGCGCAACGGCUCUGAGCGCGUGGUCACGUCGGCGCGGGAGCACCUCUACGACCUGCGCAGUCUGGAGAACUACGCGUACGUCGACGAUUUGGGCAAGGAUCAGGGUGUUAAUGUAAGGCACAAAGUGCGCGAGUUGAUCGACUUCAUACAGGACGACGAGAAGCUGAGGGAGGAGAGGAAGAAGGCGAAGAAGAACAAGGACAAGUAUAUCGGCAUGUCGUCUGACGCGGCGCUGCCGGGCGUGCGAGGGGGGGGCGGGUGUGGGGGGGGCGCGGGGGGCUGGGGCGAGUACAGCGACCGCUCCUCGACCACGUGGGAUGAACCAAAGGACAGGAGAGAAAGGGAUGAAGACGAUGAUUACGAAAGAGAAGAUUCAGAUGGAGACUACGGCCACAGGAAACAGAAGAACUUCAAAACAAUAUCGGACGUGCGCGAGAACGUGUACCGCGACUCUGAGGCGUCUCCCCCCUCGCCCCCCCUCCCGUCGGCCCCCUCCCCGAUUAGCACGCGCCAGCCGCGGGCGAGGUCGCCGGCCAGCAGCCGGACGCUCAACAUCAACCUCAAGAGUCCCGCGAAGACCAAACCCACCACCACCGUUGUCAAUAAGAUCGAUUUGGGCGCAGCAGCCUCGUACGGCAAGACUCCGGCGCCGCGCGAGCUGCUGGACGAUCUCUUCAAGACCUGCCCCGCCCCGGCCCCCGGACAGCCCAACAGUUUGGUCGUCGAAGAUGACUUUGACCCCAGAGCUGAAGAACAGAAAUCAACAAAAGAAGCGAACGACUUCGGAGACUUUACGAACGCGUUCGGCGCCCCCGCCUCGAACAAUAACGAUGGGUUUGCGGACUUCAGCAGUGCCUUCACCGGGGCAAACGAUAAUAAUAGUGGUUUCGUCGGAAACGGUGUUAAUAACAGUGGUUUUAUCGGAAAUAGUGCGGUCAGUGCAAACAGUGCAGUUGAUAUGUUGGGUGUGGCGCAACCAAUGACUUCUGCUGCUCCUCCAGCGUCGAACCUGGACCUGCUGAGCGAGUUCCCCCCCCCUCCGCCGCACUCGGCCCCCCUCCCCCUCUCCGCCCCCCUCCCCCUCUCCGCCAUGGACGCUCUCAGCUCACAGCUCUCCCACACCAGUCUACAGCCCACGCUACAGCCCACCGGUUUACAGCCAACUCCAGUCAACCUCCUCCAACCGAUGUCGUCAACUCAACCACCAACCACCAACUCAAAAACCACUAAACUAGGUGCCACGUGGGCAGAUUCUAACAUCAAAAUUGACGUAGACAAUUUAUUAGCUCCAAGGUCGCCCAAAGCGGGACCCGCCCCUACGAUAAACCAAUUAAAAUCAAGCCCAAACAGCCCAGCCCAUAAGCCAAAUCCAGGCAUGACGAUGGGCUUCCAAUAUAUGCAACCAAUGAACAAUAACUUCGUACAGCCCCCGUUGCAAAGCGGACAAAUCAACAACAAUGUACAGAGGCCCCCGUUUUCGAACCAAAACUUCCUACAAUGAUAUACGUUCCUGGCAGAUGUUUGCCAGAAUGGUUAAGGUUUUUUUUGUUUUUACUUUGGAGCACUGAAAUUUCAAUAUGAAUCGUUAAUUUAUCGUUAAAUAUUUUUUUUAGGUUAUAACCUUAUACCGGAUGUACAGUCAGGGUCAGAUAAAGCAGACUAAUUUUGAAUUUCGAUUUUUAGAAUGAAUCGAAUUUUUCGAAAUAAAAAUUCGUUUGAAAAUAUUCUGAGUCUGAAACGGUUCUCCGACAGUUGCUUCGUCUACGAACAUUUCGUGGACAGAAUGUUUCGACAUCGGGCGUCAGAACAGAGGAGACAUUCUGUCGGCGAAUCGUUCGUAGAUGAAGAGACGAAGCAAUUGUCGGAGAACCUUUUCAGACUCAAAUUUUCUAGAUGUUUGCGUAUUAAAAAUAAACUAAUUAAUUCAUAGGGUAAUUUUAUGAGUAAAAUUUGUAUUAAAACACGGUACCAGUCACAUUACAUUUGAACUGUCAAUUGUAUUACUGUGAAGUUAUGGGCAAUCUUAGUUUGUUAAUUUGCGUAUUUUUAGCUAACAGAUAAACAAUAAGAACUUCAAAGAAUAAGUUGAAAUCUUAUAGCUAUGGCAAAAAGGUAAUAGAUAAUUUUUAGUUUUAACGAAACUGUAACGGAUAGCAAUUUUUUUAAAUAAAAAUAAGUUAUAGUGAUAAUACAUUAAAGAAUAGAAGAAUAUUUAAAAAAUCAGUGCUCCAAAAUAUCACUUUUUGGUUUACGUAAAAAGUGCGUGCGUUUUUUUUUUACAUUUUGAUAAAAAUUACCCUGAGUGUCUUAUGGAAUCCGGGGUCGACGCAUAUCAUAUGAAGUCGCAAUGAUAUUAAACAAAUAUUUAACGACUUGUCUAUAAAUACAUUGUGUACUUGAAAAUAUUAAUAUAUAAAUCCGUGCUCAUCAUACAUUCCUGUCCAUGCAAAAAGCCAAUUUCCGUUGCAAUUUUUAUAGGUUUUAUAUUUUCAAUUUUUUGCUUUCUCUAGCAACGUUUUUUAUAUAUUCAUAUUCACGAAAUAUUACGGUUUUAUAGCGGGAAACAUGAACUCUGAAUUUUCAAAAACAAAAGUUACCUAUACUUGCAAUAUCGCUUUUCAAUUUAUGAAAAAAACUACGCUGUCUGCUUUUUAAAAUGAAUUUAUUUAAAUGGUGAGACCAUUUGUGAAAAGAAUUUAACUUAUUUUCCAACUGUUUAACAGAACAUUGUCAUUUAUUGUAAAAGGUCGAACAAAAAUCGUUAUGAAUAUGAAAGUUUUUUAUAUUCGCGAAAUUCAUUCUUCAUUAUACUUAUAUAAGCUCAUAAUUUAAUAAUUCUUAAUCUUGUGACAAUAAAAUUGGGCAUCGUUUACAAUAUUAUUGUUCAAUCGUUAUUAUUCGCAGACUUUGCCCUAGACUGGUCUCAAAAUACAUUUCGACAAGUUCUUUAUUUGGAAAUAAUAUAAUCUAAUCAAAGUGUCAAUCAAUCAAUCAUCUAUUUAAACAAAUAAAUUCAAUACAUAAGUCUCGUAUAAUCUACAAUAGACAAGAACCGCACGGGAUUUAAUAUUUAUUAGCUUUUUCUACGAACCUCAAAAUUAAAUAUCUUCAUCAGAAAUUAUAUUAAUAUUAGACUAAAAAAGCGUGAAUCGGGACGCAUUAAGUGAUGUACCUUGGCAGGUAGUAGCUUUUCACUUAUUGUUGAAUUUGAUGUUGAACUAUAGGAUAUUUUUUAUACCCGCUUCAAUCGAUAGGCGUAGCCGUAAUCAGUAGUGUCAAAAUUAGAUUAUAUCGUUGUUAUAGUGUUUACGUCAGAAACACACUCAUCGGAUGAUUCUGGAAAAUAAAUAAACAAUUCACGAUGUUUUUAAGUACUUUAAGAGACCCAACGUUGGGCAAAUUGAUACAUUGAAAAUUUCGAUCACAAUAUUUUUUAUGAGGAUGGUUAUUUUUUAUUUAGUUAAUAAAAUGUAUGUUUUAUACCAAUAUUCAGAUUGAAACAAUUUUGUAGUAUGUUCAUGAAUCAUACAUGUUUUGUUUAUUACACGAGGAGAUUAAGAAAAUGAAAUAACUUUAAAACUCACGCUGUUAUAUACAGAAAAUGAUCCGAGUAGCAAGAAUGUUGAGACAUCAGUUUGUUACAGGAGUGUGGUUAUUGAGAUUAUUUGGUUACUAAACUUAAGUAGCUGUAAAUAAAACGCAUGCUGUAUAAAGUGCUCCAAUAUCGUAUUUAUUGUACGACAUAAAAUAUCUUAUUUUUAUCUUCGAUGAGUGCGUUUCUAUCUAGCUAUAAUUUUAGCUAAUUUUAAUGUACGAUGUAUAACCGAUGGCUAAUAAGGAAUAAUCUAGAACACUAAAGAAAUAUAUUUUGAAAAUCGUUUGUAACCGUAUGUACUUAAACUCUUAAUAACCGUUCUUAAUUUUUUGCCCGAAAUCAAAAUGGCGGAUAUGUAAAAAGAUGUAUUUUACGUUUACGUUUAGUUUUAAAAAUAUUAUAUUAUUGAAACAAAUAGAAUGUGUCUAUAUAUUUAUACAUAAUAUAUAUUUUACGUUUCUUAGGUGAUAGUGGAUUAAUGUAAAACCCGAAUGUUCAUUGGUUAUUUCAAUUAGAUUUAUUUCUUAAACAUUGAACUUUAUUUUUCAAUUUAUGAUUUCGGAUGCAUUUAGAUCAUUCCCGUAAUGUUGUUAUUAGGGCAGCUAUUCUUUAGUUUCAACGUGCAUUGAUAUUAUUAGAAUUUAAAUCAUUAUUUUGAGCUUAAAUUGUUGUUGUCCCCUUUCCUACUGUGAACGGCUAAGGUGUGGGAUUCUCUCGCCGCAACGAUAUUUCCCGAAUCCUACAAUUUUAGGCUAGAAUGUAUAAGAGGUAGGUAUUUUUUGAGCUUGCGUGUAACACCCUUGAUCACACCUCAUCUUUGCUUACAAUACAAUACUCUUUAUUGCACCAAAAGCGAAAUUAACAAAAAAAGAACAAUACAAAAAUAAAAUAAAAGGCACACAGGCGUACUUAUCGCUAAAGCGAUCUCUUCCAGUCAACCUUGGGGUGCUUAGAUUCGGGUCAAACGCACUCAAAUAAAAUAAAAAAAAGUAAACAUGUAUUUAGUAACUGACACUAAAAUGCAUUUAAUUAAUCCUCAUUUAGCCUAUUUUGACUUAGUAUAUAAUGUACAUAUGUAAUUAAUUUGCAAUUAAUAUAUUGUACGUACCUAGUGCAUACGUUUUGCUAAUAAUUAUGAUUAUUAUAUUUUAUUAUUAUUAUUCAGUGAUGUAAUACAACCUCUUAUUUAGUCUACAAUUUUAUUUAUAUCAAUGCACGUUAAAUUAAUUUCUACUUUCAAUAUGUAUAGUAGUAUAGAUAUAUUUUGUAAACGGCAUACACUUCUGUUGGCGCAGAUAUCGAAAUAUAGAUUGGGACCAAAAUCAAGAAAAUUAUUUUCGCGGGACAGUAGGUUCAAGGUCAACCGUGUGUGCUGUUGUGUGCUUUUGCAAUAUUGGUGCAUCGUUUAUUUAUGUUGAUAUAGUGACAUGGAUUCAAGUUUUUUCUUUUUUGUUGACGUAUAACAAAGAUCUGGAAUCAGAUGGAGAACUGUACGGCCGAAGAUAGUGAAGGCCUAAUAUUACCAAACAUGGACAUGAGAUCUAUGAAACCGCUUCACAAAAAUACGUUUCGUGUAAUAAUAAAAUAUAAAAUACGUGUUGUUAGGGGAGUUUAAGACUAUUGGGGUGUGCGGUUUUAUUGUCAUAUUUUUUAUUUGCCCCGAAACUUCAAAAGUAUUUUUAAAUAUAUGCGACUGCAGCCAAGUAUUCGCAUCUGUGGGAAUUUGGAAUAAAAAUUGGAUUGUGUCUAUUCUAUACUUUACUUUUCUGUGGUGUAGUAACGCCACUAUACCAUAUAAAGGUAAACUAUGAAGUAUAAAACAAUAAUUAGGUUUAAGUUACACAACUUAAACCUAAUUAAAUUUAACUUGAAUCCAUGACUUCACAAGUACUGUCGUACCUGUAUAUAAAAUUAUUAAAUUUAAUUUAAAUAGUUCUUCCAUUAAUUUUGAUUUGUGGAGGGGAAGCAAUAAUUUUUUAAAUUUAUUUGUAGUUUAUAAAGAUGAUUUUAUUAGUUUAGUAAUGUAUAUUACAAUGUUGUCAUCAUUUACAUUCGCACAAGUAAUAUUAGUUGUAUUUUGUUAAUUGAAAAGGGCAUGAUGUUUCCAACAAUUUUAAUGACUCGGGAUUACUGAUUAGACGAUAACUUUUUUGUGUUACUUGUACAGGCAACAUCAUGUCUAGCUAACCAAUCAAUUUAGCUCUUAUUACCGCGUCUUAGGCCGCCGUAGUAAUUUGAUAUGUUGUUGUCGGUACUAGAUACCCGGAGUGGAAUGAUUUGUUGCAGAUAUCGUUGGUAAAGUCGAUGACGUCAGAAUAUAAAUAAACUUAAAUACUAAAUUAUUUGUAUCAUUUAUAUCUUUAGGAAUUUAUUAUUCAUACAAUAAAGUUAUUUCAAACAAGAGGGAAUCCCUGAAAUUGCUUCAUAUUUUAAUUUUAAAAAAUAUAUAAACCAACAAAUAAAAAUACAAGGUUUCAUUAAAGCAUUUGAUUUAUUCGUGAAAAAAUUGAGCGCGUAUAAAAUUAAGCUUAAUCGUAGAUUCUUAAACUAAAGGAGAGUUAAUUAAUUGUUCAUUGUCAUCACUUAAAUAAAUUUAAUACGAAUUCAUAAUUUAAAAAAUAAUUAUCACUUAACUGUAAAUUAUUUUAAGAAAAUAAAUUAAUUUACCGUUGUUCUCGACUCAAGUAGAUCAGUCUUAACAUCGUUACAUUCGAGAUGGAAUUCAAUAACUUAUUGGAAUGAAAUCAAUUGGAUUCAUCAUAAAAUGUCGCUAAUUCUACAGGCAGUGAGAAAACCAACGACAAAAUAAUAGAUAUAUUCGCAAAUCUGCAUAAAAAUAUUGUAUGAAAAAUAUUGAAGCGAAACGUUUAGGUUAUUGUGUAUAAAAUUUGUUUUGUAUAAUUAUUAGCUCCGUUUUAUCUUACUGCCUGUAAAAUCGACACAAAAUAAAGAUUAUACAUUUAACUUUUAUUUAUGAGCUGCAAUUAAAAUAUUUCACUGAGAUUCUCAUAAUUUAAAAAUAUUAUGCACAAUUCAAAACAAUCGUACGCUCUAAAUGUCGGUGUUAUUAAAUACAUACUGCGUAUUAAAAUUUUACGACUGUGGUGACUCUUCAAUUAAAAAAAUACUUAAUGUUACACCUCUUAUAGUUUAUAUGUAUCAUGUCGGCGUUAAAAGCUGUGAAGUUUUUGAUAGGGCUAACUGGCCAAUCACAAGCAGAUGUAUGUGACAGUUAAUUUCUCUGUCAGAUUAUAAUUUCAUGAGAAAGUUGUGAACACGCCCUUAAACUUUUUAUAUUCUGUUAAAAACAAUUGAAGAGCCACUCGAAUCUUGCAAUAUAGUGCCAGGCUUGAUCCAUAUCAACGCCUAAAAAAUCUAAAGCUACCUAUCAACAACCUUUGCACAAACCUUAUUUAUUGUCCAACUUUUACUUGUCUCAGUCCAAAUGGCAGAUAAAACCACAACAUAACUUGUGUUAUUACUGUGUUAUAAUUUUUUUUCAUAGUUUUGACGCUAUCUCCGUGUCUAUCUGUCUAUGUUUUAUAAAGCUGAUAUAUAUGCUUUCGAUAUAUUUUAUCUGUCAUUUCUUCUGAUGAGCUAGUUCCCUUCCGUAAUAUUAAUGUGCAGUUUGUUCGUGCAUCUACUUCUAGGUGACACUAUGGUUGUUUUGGAUGCGGGUAUGUGACACACACGUUGCUAGUUUUCUUUUUACUUCAUAAAAAUCAUAAAACAGAGUUCAGAAGGAUUGACUACAUACAUGUAGUUCAGAUAAGUCUAUUUAAAUUUGAAUUUUUUAUUUAAUAUAAAUUUAAUGAAACAAAUAUAAUUCUAUUGUUAUAUUUGACUGGGAUUAUAAAUAAUACUUUUUUAAAUGAAAAUACUCU